AUGCAAAUAGAAAACCAUCAAAAGAGUAUGUUCUUUGAAUGCUUGCAGAACAUUCCCAAUUUAAAAACCUGCAUCGCUCUUAUAAAUCUUUACUCUAAGCACAAACCCAACAUUUAUGGUUAGUAGUUUUGGAUGUACAGCAUAUAGUUUUGUAAAAAGAGAAUCAUAUCAUUGGAAGAUCAUAAAUACAUUACUUUAGUGUUUUUAAUUUAUUUACAGUCAAACUAACUGAGUUUUGAUUGCUAAUGA